AUGGAGAACUUUUCUUUUGUUCUUAAAGAGGUUUCGUACAACGUUAGCCUUCAUAUCGAUAAGAUGCGCAUUUUAUGUGAGUUUGACAAAGCUCGUCUUUCAGCUGAACUGCGUGACAUUGUCCCAUACUUAAGAACUUUGGACUGUUAUCAGCGGCCAGAUUACAGUAUGUUUUAUGAUGGGUUAGUAGCACUUAUGAAAAGGCUUGGUACAAAACCAUCAGAUCCAUACGACUGGGAGACGAAAGAGCAGUUAAAAUACUCUACGAAACCAGCAGCAUGGGAAGACGCAGCACAAUUUUUUAAAUCAGAUCCUGUAAACAUACAUGCACCGCCGUUAAAAGUAUCCAAUCAGUCGGUGUCGGGAAGUGCUGAUCGUCAUCCUGAACUUAAUGCUCUUGUACGAGAAACGGCAAAGACUUAG